AUUCAGUGCCGAUAUUAGUUAAAUCUCAUACUCGGUACGGGUAACUGGGCAUCCUAACAGUUUCCGCCGGUAUUGGUCUCCGAGACCUCCGAGGCCAGGAGCAGCGGAGGAGAGAACCUGCCAAAUUGGCUCAGCCAGCCGGAUGCACGGCGGCGUUGGCGUUGCGAGCCCUUCGUGGAGAUUAACGAGGUCUCCAUCCCUGACAGAGGACUCCGGAAGUCCUCCCAGGUCCGUGAAAAGCCGUCCUCGAGCCGCGUUUGGAGGUCAACUUCCACCGCCCUACAAGCGGCACCGGCAGGGGACGAUGGGAGCUGCCGUCUGGCGAACAACUAAGAAGCGGCGCUUCCCCGGGAGCGCUGUCCACCGCCCGCCCAUUCGUAUCCGGGUCUCAAACGGUGUGGGCGGCCCUUGAGCGGUUUCUCCGCCGCCGUCUCUCCGCAGGCUCAGGUGCGGAAGCGGGAAAGCGGCGGCGGCGGGAGCGCAAGUAGCAGCGGGAAACCGGAUCGGAGCCCCGGCGGGAGGGCUUCCCCGAAGCAGCAGGCAUGUCCCAGUUUGAAAACAAAAGGCUACUAUUUGGCUUAAUGGCAGGAGCUGCUGGAGUAACCUUUGCCCUGUGUUGGUUUCUCAAGACAUACAAACGCAGCAAAGGUAUGCAUUUGCCCAUAUAUCCAAAUUCAGCCAGCAGUUUUGAUUUAAUAGAUUUUCCACAUGAAACUCACCAAGAGGAAAGGACCGUUUUGCUGUUACAAGGAAGACAGCUUCAGAUCCUGGAGAAAUUGAAUGGCUUGGUGAUAAGUGUGGAAGAACUUAAAAGAGAAUUGACGUUUCUGAAGGAAGCUAUUCCAAAGUUGGAUGAACUUGUUCGAGAUGAACUUCAAGGAAAAACAGAAAGUCGCAGAACCAGCCCUUCCCAUAGGCUUGUAAAGAAGCGAAAAACUGAGGCAGCAGCUCAAGGCGUAUCUGAUGCCACCAGUUCUGAAGAGGCUGAAAGUGAAGGCGGUUACAUGACAGCUCAUACUGAUACUGAAGGAGAAUCUGAAGAAGAAAAAGGAUGGAUCAAUUCCUCUGUAUCCUCUUUGUCACCAGAAGAAAAAAUAGACUUAUUUAAUCUCCUGCAGGAGGUGGACAGAAUGCAUGGUGGCUCGGAACAUGAGAAAAGAGAAAGCUUCAAACUAUUGCUUGAAAGAGAAGAAGAGUAUCAAAACCAGCCUGGCUUUCUUUGGAGACUUGUCCGAGCUUAUGGGGACAUGUUUGAGUUAACUACAGAUGCUGAGGAGAAAAAGAAUUAUGCUGUUGAAGGAAAACUUGUUGGAGAGAAUGCAGUUAACUUGGAUCCAUCAAGUGCUGAAAGUCAUCAGUGGUUUGCAAUGAUGUGUGGCUAUGUGUCUCAGUUUGAAACUAUACAAAACAAAAUCAGGAAUGGCUAUCUUUUUAAGGAACAUCUUGACAAAGCAAUUGCACUUAAGCCACAAGAUCCCCUUUUGUAUUAUCUAACUGGAAGGUGGUGUUAUGAAGUCGCUCAGUUGUCUUGGAUUGAGAAAAAAGUAGCUGCUGCUCUUUUUGGGACGCCGCCAACUUCAACAAUACACGAGGCUUUGCAGAAUUUUCUGAAGGCUGAAGAAAUACAUCCCAGAUAUUCUAAAUGCAACUAUAUGUAUUUGGCAAAGUGCUACAAUGAUCUGGGCCAGAGGAGCAAUGCCCUGAGUUACUGUGAAACAGCAUUGUCCAUUCUGCCAGUCACCAAAGAGGAUCAAGAAGCUGAGAAAGUUUUAGAAACUUUACUUCCAUCCUUGAAGCUUUGAUGAUGACACGAACACCAUUUAGGUUUCUGUGAAAAAAGGCAGAGAAGACUCAAGUCCCUGUUCUGGAAGAAGCGUUCCGUUGAAUUCAGAGGGAUUUCAGUCCAUUUUGAAGUUAGGAUUUGAGGGGAUGGGGAGGAAUUUUAAUUUUUAAUGAUGGCGGUUCAGUGACAAAUGAGUGGACUGACUUCUCUAAGCCUGCAAUUUUUGUACAAGUUACUUCAGGGCCUGCAAUAAUAACAGACUUACGUGCAAUGUUACCAGUUCAGCAGGACAGUCUUUCAUUCUGUCCAUGCAACCCCAUUGAGGUGGGUUUUCUGAGGCCAUGUGGACCAUUGUAUAAUGAGACUGAUGUUUUGUGUGAAAAAAUGCAGAAGAAAAGUGAAACCAUCUACCCUUUUCCUCUGGCACUACCCUUCUCUAAGCUGAAGAAAAAGCAAUUCACUCGGGAUAUGGCUUUAUGUUUGCAACAUCAAGCAGAAGAACAGUGCUUACUGCAUUCCUUUUAUUUUCAUAACAUUUAUCUCCAACAAACAGGUUGCGAUUCAGGAUUCUUAAUCAAUGGUACCAAUGAUCUUAACCCAGGGAAAUCAACCAUCUUUUCUUUUUCUCAUUUUUUUAAUGCAUAGACACAAUGAAUUUAGCAUUUAAAAUACUAAUUUUAACUUGUUGGGACUCUCCAAAAUGUGAAAUCCACUGCUGGCAAUGGAUAUAUUUGUAGUUACUGAAUGAUGGGCACAAUUUUGCUGAGAAGGAUUAGCUAGUUGGUUUUAUGCCUGAAUGUAGAUGUACGUAUGCAGCUGAGUUUUUCUGCUGAAGAGACAUGGGAGAUAUUAUAUUUCAUGUUUCUUUUCUCUUGAAAAAUAUCAAUUUUGUGGGGAAAUGAUACUUUGUGGAUAUAACUUGGUCUUUGAAUCUUAAACUGAAAAAAAAUAAAGACAUGGUGAAUUUGUCAUA